AUGGCGCAGCCACGACUCGUCUCUCUCGCCUUCUUCGUCGCCGUCCUGAUCUCAGGCGCCCACUCCACCACCUUUAACUUCAAGAACAACUGCCCCGACCCUGUUUGGCCUGCCUCGCUGAACAAUUCCGGCAAAGGUGCUCUUUCCCAGACCGGAUUCCAGCUGGACAGUGGCGCCUCCUUUUCGCUGGAUGCGCCACCCGCCUGGGGAGGCCGGCUGUGGGCUCGGCACAAAUGUUCCACCGACUCGUCCGGUAGAUUCUCGUGCCUCUCCGGGGACUGCGGCACUGGGCAGGUGGCGUGCAAUGGGGCGGGAAGAGCGCCGCCGACCACGCUCGUCGAGUUCACCCUGCAGGGCGACGGAGGCAAGGAUUUCUACGACGUGAGCUGCGUCAACGGUUUCAUUAUUCUUAUAGUGAAUUUUCUUUUGUUUGCCCCGUGA